UGAUCAUGAGACAGUUUCUGCUUCUGCUGUUGGUGAUCUGCUUCAGUUUUAUCCAGGAUGGAUAUGGCCAUCCCUCUCGCACCAAGAAAGCCGUUCCUGCUCGACAGAGAGAAGAAGAUGACAUGAGGACACAGAUCGACAAGCUGUGGCAGGAAGUCAAUUCUUUGAAGGAAAUGCAGGCUCUGCAAACAGUUUGCCUGCGUGGCAUCAAAGCCCACAGGAAGUGUUACCUGGUUUCCGAUCAGGCCAAGCACUAUCAUGAGGCCAACGAGGACUGCAUCUCUCAGGGCGGCACGCUGGCCAUUCCCCGGGACCUCAGCGAAAACGAGGAGCUCAGAGACUACGCCAAACGCAGCUCUCCGGCAGCCAGAGACUUCUGGAUCGGCAUCACAGAUAUCGUGAGGGAGGGCCAGUAUGUGGAUGUCAACAGCCUGCCCGUCUCUUUCUUCCACUGGGACCGGGCCAAGAAAGAACCCACUGGCGGGAAAAGGGAAAGCUGUGUCGCUCUGUCACUCAUUGCUCAGGGAAAGUGGCAUGAUGAGAUCUGUCGCUCCCAGAAGAAAUACAUCUGUGAAUAUCUUAUUCCGUGAGCUGCAACUCACAGGCCAGUCAUUCAAUUAAGCAAUACGCUCUAAGAAGCCAUGUUUUACAUUGAUUACUUUGUUAAAACCCUGUUUUAAAUUUACUGUAAACCACGGCUUCUCUGUAGAUGCCUAUUGUAUCAAAUGGUUAUUGCAUACUGUAUGUUGCAUGGUUUAAACCUUAUGUGCGUUUCGGGGUGUUUUAAUCUAUUCUAGGUUGAUUUUAAGGCUUGUUUCGACCACAAUUUUCUCUGUGUUUCCACAAAUAGAAUGACUUUUGGUGACAAAUCUUAUUUCGACGGAUAUUUUGGGGAAAUGCUUUGAAAAUGGGCAAAUUCACUACCCUUUUGUUAUAUUUGGGGAUGUUUUUGCCCCAUUGACUUCCAUUAUAAUGGCAUUUUUGAUUGAUUGAAAAUCCAUGACACCAUAUAAUCAUGCAUUCUUGAUUGUCGGUGGUUUUCUCUGUUGGGAAGAGGUAAAAACGUUUUUUUUUUUAUUGUUGAUCAUCAGUUGCAGUGCAAAAAAAGUCACAGUGCAGUGGAAAAAGAAUGAAUAUUGUGUAUGACUCCCAUGAGCUUGGAGGACUGCAUCCAUACAUCUCUGCAAUGACUCAAAUACUUAUUAAUAAAGUCAUCUGGAAUGGCAAAGAAAGCGUUCUUGCAGGACUCCCAGAGUUCAUCAAGAUUCUUUGGAUUCAUCUUCAAUGCCUCCUCCUUCAUCUUACCCCAGACAUGCUCAAUACUGUUCAUGUCUGGUGACUGGGCUGGCCAAUCCUGGAGCAACUUGACCUUCUUUGCUUUCAGGAACUCUGAUGUGGAGGCUGAAGUAUGAGAAGGAGCGCUAUCCUCCUGAAGAAUUUGCCCUCUCCUGUGGUUUGUAAUGUAAUGAGCAGCACAAAUGUCUUGAUACCUCAGGGUGUUGAUGUUGCCAUCCAUCUGCAGAUCUCUUGUAAGCCCCCUUACCGAAUAUAACCCCAAACCAUGACUUUUCCCUCACCAAACUUGACUGAUUUCUAUGAGAAUCUUGGGUCCAUGUGGGUUCUAAUAGGGCUUCUGCAGUAUUUGUGAUGAUUGGGAUGCAGUUCGACAGAUAACUCAUCAAUAAAAUCUACCUUCUGCCACUUUUCCAAAUGAUCAACUAGAAGUCAAGUUAUUUGUUGCACUACAACUAGGAUCAAUGACAAGACUUUUGUCAGCUAGUGUACUUUAUAGUGUGCAUGAUUGUGAGAGAGAACUUUGCUCACUUACAUUAAUAUGUUUGAGAAGAUAAAAAAUAAGCAGCUCAGCUCUCAGAACAUAGUAAACAUAGUAAGUGUAUUUAUGCACACACACUAUAAUUUGCUGCUUUACUCCAUAUGAAAGUUGGAAACUUUUUUGCACAGGCCUAUUUAAAGGGUUAAUGGUGCCAACUGAUGAUCGACCAUAAAAAUUAAAAGUUCUACCUCUUCCUAACAGGGAAAAACAUUGACAAUCAAGAAUUCAUGAUUACUUGGUGUCAUGGUUUUGCAAUCAAAAAAUGUGGUUAUAAUGGAAGUCAAUAGGGCUAAAACAUCCCUAAACAUAUAGCGAAAGGGUAAUCCAUUUGAACAUUACACAAGGGUUAACCAAAUAAAACAGAUCAAAGACAUUAACUGAUAGAGGAAAGGUUGGCAAGCAAAAGUCACAGAUGUUUGUUUGUAGAGUAUUUUUACAACAGCUUUGAAUGAGGCUCGACCAAUCAGAAUCAAGGACAGGAACUAUCCAUUCAGUAACAUUAAACAGUCAGCAGUGGUGUGAUUUCUUUAUUCAGUGAUGUCUUUAUCCAAUCCAGCAUACAGUAUGUUUAAAGUUUACAACCUUCGUGUUUAUUGCAACAAAAACUGGAUAUUUUUGGAAAUUUUGA